UAAACAAAAAAAAAAUGUCCGGUGAAGACAGGAUCAGUGCGUUGCAUGACGAUUUGCUGCUGAAGAUAUUGUCUGAAAUCCCAACAAAAGAUGUAGUGACCACCAUGGUUUUGUCCAAACGAUGGCGUUUUGUCUGGACGAAGGUGCAUAAACUUGAGUACAAGGAUACAAGGAAAGAAGGGAAUAGCAGAGUUUGGUGGUUAAUUGAAAAGUCUUUGCAACUCCACAAAGCAACUGUACUAGAAAGCUUGCAUAUCCAAGUUGAACAUCAGUUUUGCGACGAUGCAGAUGUAGGAAAGUGCGUUUCAUACGCUGUUGACCACAACGUUCGAGAGCUAGCUCUUAUUAUACCACCUCAACCAAUGAUCCUACUACUACCAUCGAACGUUUACACCUCAAAAACGCUAGUGAAACUGACUCUAUCAUGUAGGACUCUCUUCAUUGAUGUCCCUUCCCUACCUUGCCUUCCUUCGCUUCAGAGGCUGGCCCUUCUCAAUGUUGUGUAUAAAGAUGAAAACUCUCAUGUUAGGCUUCUAUCGAAUUGCCCUGCGCUCAGACAUUUGGAAGUGCAGCGAAACAAGAGUGACAAUGUGACAAGUUUCAUUGUGAAAGUUCCUUCCUUAAAGAGUUUUAGAUACACGCAACACAAAAGAGCUUCUGGUAGGUCCUUGGUUUUAGACUCCCCUGGAUUACGACGCCUUACUUUAAUUGAUCCGCAUGGAGACUUAGACUCGAUCCAGAAUAUGCCUCACCUUGACUGGGCUCAUGUUUUUCUCAUUAUUCCAUACCCGAAAGACGACAAGUUUCUGAGAUCUUUUUCCUCUGUCAAGGUUCUCCGUUUGAGUCUAAGAAACGUUGAAUGUUGUAGCACCAUUAAGUUCUCUCGGCUCAUGAAGGUUACGCUGCAUCUUUGUUGCUUUGAUGACUUCAUGUGUUCGUUGGAACCACUUUUGCUUUUCCUUCAUAACUCUCCUAUACUAAAAGUUCUUGAGAUCAACUAUGAUGUGGCUCUUUGCUCUAAUGGUGUCCCACUUUCGUGGAACAGACCAAGUUCUGUACCGGUAUGCUUGUUGUCCCAUCUCGAGAUCUUUGUAUGGAAAGAGUUUGCAGGAAGAAGGCAAGAGAGAGCGUUCGUGGCGUACAUCCUUGCAAACUCAAAGCGGCUAAAGACGGCUGUAUUUUCUCCCACAUACAAUCUCUACGAAAAAGAGAAAGAGAAGAUGAUGGAGCUGUUAAAAUCUAUGUAUAGGGCUUCAGCAUCUUCUCAGCUUCUGCGCUUGCUAAACUAG